UUGACAGCAAGAAAAUUUGGUUAAAUUUUCAUGUUAAACACCUUCAAAUUAGCUACUAUAAAAUCACUCACCACCCUUUUACGUACUGUAACUCGGCUUCCAGGAGUCUUAAGGCCAGCACCACCACCACCAUCCUCCUCCGCCAUGGGAAGCCUUCCGUUCACAAUGUCUGAUCUUCAACUGAGUUCUAAAGAAGUUCAGGGCAGUCCUACGUUGUUAUGUACUCCACUAAUGGGAACCGCUGUCGACCAAAUGUUGAUUGAGAUGCAAAGAGCUAAGGAUAUCGGAGCUGAUGUUGUUGAAAUCCGGCUAGACUGCCUGAAAAACUUCAGUCCUCGCCAAGAUCUUGAAACCCUCAUUAAACAGUCUCCUCUUCCUACCCUGGUCACUUACAGACCAAGCUGGGAAGGUGGUCAAUAUGAGGGUGAUGAAACCAAGAGACAGGAUGCACUUCGUUUAGCAAUGCAGUUGGGAGCUACUUAUGUUGAUAUUGAGCUUCAGGUUGCUCAUGACUUUAACAAUUCAAUAUCUGGAAGCAAGCCUGAUAACUUCAAAGUCAUUGUUUCUUCUCACAAUUUUCAUAAUACUCCAUCUGCUGAAGCCAUUGCCAAUCUUGUUGCAAGAAUUCAAGCUACUGGAGCUGACAUUGUCAAGAUUGCAACAACUGCUUUAGACAUUACAGAUUGUGCUCGUAUUUUUCAGAUUAUGGUGCAUUCUCAGGUUCCAAUUAUUGGAAUUGUUAUGGGUGAAAGGGGCUUGAUUUCGCGUUUGCUUAGCCCCAAGUUUGGUGGAUUCCUGACGUACGGUGCCCUGGAGGCAGGUGGUGUAUCAGCUUCUGGACAACCAACUGCGAAGGAUUUGCUGGAUUUAUACAACUUCAGGCUUAUAAGGCCUGAUACCAAAGUGUAUGGCAUUAUUGGGAAACCUGUCGGUCACAGCAAGAGUCCUCUCUUGUUCAAUGCAUCGUUUAAGUCCGUUGGUCUUAACGCAGUUUACAUGCAUUUUCUGGUGGAUGAUGUGGAGAAGUUUUUCAACACCUAUUCAUCGGUUGAUUUUGCUUCUGGAUGCAGCUGCACUAUCCCCCACAAGGAGGUUGCACUCAAAUGCAUGGAUGAAAUUGACCCCAUUGCCAAGAAAAUUGGAGCAAUCAACAAUAUUGUCAGGAGGCCUGAUGGAACUUUAAUGGCUUACAACACUGACUACAUUGGUGCCAUUUCUGCAAUCGAGGAUGGCCUACGAGAGCUAAAUGGGAAAGUCCCAGCAGGUACCUCACCCUUAGCUGGUAAACUGUUCGUAGUUCUGGGCGCUGGUGGUGCUGGAAAGUCACUUGCCUACGGUGGUGCACAAAAAGGAGCUAGAGUUGUAGUUGCCAAUCGAUCAUAUGAAAGAGCUAAGGAGCUGGCUGACAAAGUUGGUGGCCAAGCAAUGGCACUUGCAGAAGUAGAACAUUUCCAUCCAGAAGAAGGCAUGGUUCUUGCAAAUACUACAUCUGUGGGAAUGAAACCUAACUUUGAUGCCACCCCAUUAGCACAGCAUGCCUUGAAACAUUAUUGCCUAGUCUUUGAUGCCAUUUACACACCAAAAGACACAAGACUCUUACGUGAAGCAAAAGAAAGUGGAGCUCUUGUUGUCUAUGGAACAGAAAUGUUGAUUCGCCAAGGUUUUGAACAGUACAAGAACUUCACAGGCUUGCCUGCACCAGAAGAAUUAUUCAGGCAACUCAUGGACAAACAUGCAUGAGAGGCAAUUUCAAUCCAAGCCCUGACACCUGUGUUGUUCAGACUCUAUCUCCUUAUAGCUAGUGAUUAUUAUUGUUUAAUAACUAAGUUGUACCAAUAAAUCUUCUUUAAGAAUCAAUUGAAGGGAUCUUGUCUA